AUGAACUCCAGUGCUUUAUACCACUGUGCUCUCUACACCCUGAGUCUGGCACUGCUUGUCUCUGGAAAUGUCCACCCGGAAUGUGAUUUUAUGACAGAGCUGAAGAAAAAGGAGGCUGAAUGUCUGGAUGACCCAGAAAAGCAUGGAAAUGUAACGCCAGCAGGUUGCAAGGGAAUGUGGGACAAAUUACUGUGCUGGCCGGAGGCAGAUGCUGGAGAGACUGUUGCCUUACUAUGCCCAAAUAUCCUUUUUCACUUCAUGAAGGAGCCAGCUGGGAUAGUAAAAAGGAACUGCACAAGGAAAGGCUGGUCUGACCCAUUCCCUCCCUACCAUAUUGCUUGUCCAGUAGAAGAUGAGAUUCCACUUGAAGAAAAAUCCUAUUUUUCUACUAUAAAGAUCAUCUACACUGUAGGAUACAGUGUAUCAAUCACCUCACUCAUUAUUGCUGUGACAGUUCUUAUUGCAUUCAGGAGGCUUCGCUGCCCCAGAAAUUAUAUCCACAUACAGCUCUUUUUUACUUUUAUCUUAAAAGCUAUUGCCGUUUUCGUUAAGGAUGCUGUCCUUUUCCAAGAGGAAGACAUUGAUCAUUGCACCUUCUCUACAACGGAAUGCAAGAUCUCAGUUGUUUUCUGUCACUACUUCAUGAUGACCAAUUUCAUGUGGCUGCUAGUAGAGGCUCUUUACCUAAACUGUCUACUACUCUCAUCCCUUUCUCAUGGAAGAAGAUAUUUUUGGUGGCUUGUUCUCUUUGGCUGGGGUUUUCCAACAGUUUUCACCCUUGUAUGGAUAUUAGCAAAAUUCUACUUUGAAGACACAGCAUGCUGGGAUAUUAAUCAAGGCUCUCCUUACUGGUGGCUAAUCAAAGGACCUAUUAUAAUUUCUGUUGGGGUCAAUUUUGUCCUAUUUAUCAACAUCAUCAGAAUUUUGCUGAAAAAACUAGACCCUAGACAAAUCAACUUCAAUAACUCUUCUCAAUACAGACGUCUCUCAAGGUCAACUCUACUUCUAAUUCCGUUAUUUGGAACCCAUUAUAUUGUCUUCAACUUUCUCCCGGAAUAUACCAGCUUGGAUGUUCGGCUUUACUUGGAGCUCUGCAUUGGAUCUUUUCAGGGGUUUCUUGUAGCAGUUCUUUACUGUUUCCUGAACCAAGAGGCUACUCCCAAGCAGUAUUUCACCAUAAAUUAG